UAAUGAAUGACAUUAUCAGCACUAUGUUUAAUAAGAAGUUCAUGGAGGAAUUGUUCAAAUCCCAAGAACUGUAUUCCAAGAAAGCCCUAAGAACAGUGUUUGAUCGGCUGGCUCAUGCCUCCAUUAUGAGACUUAAUCAGGCCAGCAUGGACAAGCUCUAUGACCUGAUGACAAUGGCAUUCAAGUACCAAGUACUGCUCUGUCCAAGGCCCAAAGACAUCUUAUUGGUCACAUUCAAUCAUAUGGAUGCAGUUAAGGAAUUUAUUCGUGACUCGCCAAGCAUUCUCAACCAGGUAGAUGAGAUAUUCCGACAGCUGAUCGAGACAUACAGCUGCCUACCUGCAGGAGAGUUUCAACUCAUCAGACAAACCCUGCUGGUUUUCUUUCAGGAUCUUCAUAUCCGAGUGUCCAUCUUUCUGAAAGAUAAAGUUCAGAAUUCCAAUGGACGAUUUGUGCUGCCAAUUUCUGGACCUGUUCCUUGGGGAACAGAGAUCCCUGGAUUGAUCAAAAUGUUUAACUAUGUUGGAGAAGAGGUGAAACGAGCAACUUUCCCAGUCAGUGGCAGUUACACGAAUGUGCUGACAGAAGGAUCUUUCGAUCUCUUUGGUGACAGAGUCAUUAAACUUGGCACUAAUAUGUACAGUGUUUCGCGGCCCGUGGAAACACAUAUGUCAGGGACAUUAAAGAAUUCAGCUGCACGUACAAAGGAGAAUACAGCACCCAACCCACUGGCUAAGGAAGAGCUGAAUUUAUUGGCGCAGUUAAUGGGAGGUCUAGAGAUCAAAAAGCCUGUGGGCACUGAACCAGGAUUUCGGCUGAAUCUGUUUGGCACAGACGAAGAGGAGGACCAAGCAGCAGCCAUAAAGUCUCCAGAGCUUUUUGAUGAGGUGAUUGACAUACAGGUCUCUAAGGACCAGCAGCAGCAUGAAGAAUUAGCUCGAAUAAUGGAAGAAUUCCAUGUCCAGGAGCAGCCGAAGCACAGCUGCAGUAAAGGAGAUGAUCUUCUGGCCAUGAUGGAUGAUCUGUGACACCCUCUGAAAGCUGAAUUCCCAUUCUGUGCAAUUCUGUGCACUUUGGCACUGUUGCAUUCAGUUUAACUCAUUGUAAAUAGUAAAUAUUUAAGCAACCAGGCUGUGGCUCAUAAUUCAUAAACAUUUGUGACCUUCAGAACCUGGAUGGAGGUCUGGAAAAGAAUUGGGAUAAGGGGUAACAGAGAUGUUGGCUUGGCUGUGAACUUUUGCAGACCACUGAACUGGUGGAAGUUUUAUACAAGUGUUUUCUUAACAUAAUUUUUGAAUGUGCAUCUGUGAAAAUCAAAUCACACCAGAUAAAACUGGAACUCGAACUGAUUAGUUGGCCAUGGGUGGAAAUUAGGGGAAUGUAAAUGUGGUAUGUGGAUGGUCAGUAAGUAUGUUGCAAAAUUUAAACCAGUCAGUGAGGCUAAAGUAGGCUCACUGUGUGUGACUGGUAUCACAGUCUGUGGCAGUGGAGCCAUUGGGCCACACUAAGGCAUCUUGCUGGCAGUUGGAUAAAAAUCUGGUUGGACAGUUGAUAUUUGUACAUCUGAUCAAACAGACAAAGCUUUGUUCAGCUUUUAAUAUUGAAGAACAGAGCUGGCCUCAAGAUUUGGGCUUCAGAACUUAGAAUUUCUAAAGAUGAAUUAUUAAUUUCAGACAGUAAAUGUUUUUAAAUAACUUUGAACACUAACAACCUCAUUAAAAUAUUACAUGUACA